GCUGGGGGCAGCCUGGGGUGCCCGGCAGGUGGCGAGGCUUCCUGGGGUCUGCGUCCUGCUCCCUGUGUGGUCCGGGGGGGGGUGGGAUUCACUGGUCAAGGUUUGGCCCCUUCGGACCCUCCCACCUUGGGCUUAGGGCCGCCCUCUGGGCCUAGCGGGAAGCCUCCGAGUGGCGGAGGUGGCGGUGGGUGGCAAGGCUCAGCGGGGCCACCUGUUGGGUUUCUGCGGGUCAAGCUUACCCACCUGGAACUUGGCCCUAGGGAAGUACCAACCUGUCAGACCAGUAGGGAAGCGUUGGGUUAAAGAAGGUAGGUGGAGAGAGAGGGCACAGACCUAGGUUCCAGGCCCCAGGUUUUUUGUUUGUGUUUUUUUUUUUUUUUUUUUUUUGAAAAGGCCCUUGCGCUUUUUGCCUGAAAGUGGGUUGGAGAGAGGAUACAUCUGUCCGUAGUAGUGGAGAUUAUUAAAGUCCAUGGUUUGCGGUAGUGUUUUUAGCUUGAGACUUCCUUCCUGUUUUGUCAAUGCAAAUACGAGGGCUCCUCCUCCACAGACCUUUCCAGAUGCCUGCGGCUGAGCUCUCCUGGCCCCUGCCCUCCCGGGGAGGCGUCUCUAGCUUCCUUGUGCUGACCCACUGCCCGGCCACGGGCCUGGGAGGGCUCCUGGUGCUGGGCGUGGGGCCACGGUGACAGGGGCUUUUGGACUCUCUUAAAAGCUUUUUGUGAACCUGGUUUUUUCCCCUUUAGUGCACUCUUCGGUUUUCUUUUCUGAAGCCCACCUGAGAUGGCUUUUAACGAGGCCCAAGGUCCUGGCUAUGGCAGCGGCUACCAUCGUGCACGACACGUCUGAGGCCGUGGAGCUGUGCCCCCCGUACGGCCUGUACCUGAAGCCCAUCACCAAGAUGACCAUCAGCGUGGCCCUGCCGCAGCUGAAGCAGCCGGGCAAGUCCAUCUCCAACUGGGAGGUGAUGGAGCGGCUGAAGGGCAUGGUGCACAACCACCAGUUCUCCACGCUGCGCAUUUCCAAAAGCACCAUGGACUUCAUCCGCUUCGAGGGGGAGGUGGAGAACAAGAGCCUGGUCAAGUCGUUCCUGGCCUGCUUGGACGGCAAAACCAUCAAGCUGAGCGGCUUCUCCGACAUCCUGAAGGUGCGUGCCGCCGAGUUCAAGAUAGACUUUCCCACGCGCCACGACUGGGACUCCUUCUUCCGCGACGCCAAGGACAUGAACGAGACCCUGCCGGGGGAGAGGCCGGACACCAUCCACCUGGAGGGCCUGCCCUGCAAGUGGUUCGCCCUGAAGGAGUCGGGCUCGGAGAAGCCCAGCGAGGAGGUCCUGGUGAAGGUGUUCGAGAAGUUCGGGGAGAUCCGGAACGUGGACAUCCCCAUGCUGGACCCCUACCGGGAGGAGAUGACCGGCCGGAACUUCCACACGUUCAGUUUCGGGGGACACUUGAACUUCGAGGCGUACGUGCAGUACCGCGAGUACGUGGGCUUCAUCCAGGCCAUGAGCGCCCUGCGCGGCAUGAAGCUCAUGUUCAAGGGCGAGGACGGCAAGGCCGUGGCCUGCAACAUCAAGGUUUCUUUUGAUUCGACCAAGCACCUGAGUGAUGCCUCCAUUAAAAAGCGGCAGCUCGAGAGGCAGAAGCUUCAGGAACUGGAGCAGCAGAGAGAGGAACAAAAGCGCAGAGAGAAGGAGGCGGAGGAGAGGCAGCGGGCAGAGGAAAGGAAGCAGAAGGAGCUGGAGGAGCUGGAGCGCGAGCGCAAGAGGGAGGAGAAGCUGCGCAGGCGCGAGCAGAAGCAGCGGGACCGCGAGCUGCGCCGCAGUCAGAAGAGGCUGGAGAAGCUGCAGGCGGAGGAGCAGCGGCAGCUGCAGGAGAAGAUCCGGCUGGAGGAGCGCAAGCUGCUGCUGGCGCAGCGGAACCUGCAGUCCAUCCGGCUCGUCGCCGAGCUGCUCGCCAGGGCCAAGGCGGCGAAGCUGCAGGAGCAGGAGCGGAAGGAGGAGCGGCGGCGGCUGCAGGAGGCGGAGCUGCGGCGCGUGGAGGAGGAGAAGGAGCGCGCGCUGGGCCUGCAGCGCAAGGAGCAGGAGCUGCGCGAGCGCCUGCUGAGCCUCCUGCUGAACAAGCGGCCGGACGGCGGCGCCGCGCAUGCGGAGCUGGGCGCCGCGCACGCAGACCUGCUGCAGCCCAUGCUGGACAUCCUGCAGACUGUGUCCUCGGGCUGCGCCGCCGCGCUGCACCCGCUCAUGGGCCAGCCCUCCGCGGGCGCCCCCAAGGAGCCCCCGGCCCGCCCGGAGGCCGACUGCCCGCCCCAGAGCGUGAACGGCAGCGUGACCAAGGAGGCCCCGGGCAAGGAGGGCGCGGCCGUGCGCUGCGGCGCCCCGGGGGACGGCUCUCCCGAGAAGCGGUGUCCGGGCGUCCUCGCCUGCAUCCCGGACAACAACCAGCAGCCCAAGGGCGUCCCCACCUGCGACCAGGGCCCGCCCAGGAAGGACGCGCGGUCGGAGCAGGACAAGUGCAACCGCGAGCCCAGCGCGGGUCGGGGCCAGGCGGGCGGAGACGGGGAGGAGCUGGAGCGCAGCGGGGCCGGGCGGGCCGGCAGCGGGGACGACGCGCGGCCCCGGAAGGAGCGGCGGCCCCACAAGAAGCACGACAGGGACGACAGCCCGCACCGGCGCAGCGCCAGCCCGGACCACGCGCGCUCCCGCAGGUCGCACAGCAAGGACAGGCGGCACCGCAGCCGGGGCCGCAGGGGCAGCGCCGGCCGGAAGCACAGCCGCCACCGCCGCAGGGCCGAGCGCUCGCGCUCCCGGUCCCCGAGCAAGCACCGCAGCACCUGGAAUAGGUAAUGAAGGGCCGGCCCCCACGGCCCGCCCCGGGAGGCCCGGUCGGCGCCAGCGUCCUGGCCUCCGCGCCCCUCCGUCCACCCGCAAGGCCCAGUCUCUUCCGCAGCCGUGAAUGUCACAGGAGCCCCCCGCCCGCCCGAGGACGGCGCGGCGCCAACGCCCAGACACCUCCCUUCCCGACGGCGACCCUGGCGCUGCGGUUCGAGCGCGUAGUCGUCGGCGCAGCUUUCGUGUCCCUUCCAGACUGCGAUCUGAUAGCUUUCACGCGCCGGUCCCCGCCAGCCGGAAACUCGCCCAGGCCCGCGGUGGUGAGGACGGCGGCGUGUCGCCUCUGCAGGCGCAGGGCGCGGUCCCACCUGUGCUCGGUGACCUCCUCAUGUGCACGGUGACUAACGCGCGGCAGGGUGAAUUGUCAAAGGCGUGGACACCACAUUAAGGGCGCUGAAAAGAAAAACGCUUUGCUGUCGCCUUUGUAGUCUUAACCGACGGGCCGUGCGGUCCCGGUGGUUUGCCAAAAAGCUCGGUGAGGGAGGGGUCCGUCCGGUCAGGUGAGGAAGGUACGCGUCCUCGGAGAUGGGAAAGUCGGGCCUGCCGUUCUUUGCCAGCUGUCGGCGUGUGGGCACGCCUGGUCAGAUGCUCCUUCCAAAACAUUCACUUUUUACAUUUCCAAGUAAUUAAGCAUAAACAAGGUUGCUUAAAAGCUUUGGUUUCUAGUAAAGGUUAGCGUGUGUGGUUUUUUUAAGAAGCCGUUUUGCUAAAUUAUUUUUACUUGGAAUGUUUCAAACAGAUCUGAGGCUGCAAACUUGUUAAAUUUUAUAAUCAUUUGCUUCUCCAAGUUGAAGCUCAGAAAUACUUCAACAUAGCUGUGCCGUCCGCGUUAGGGAAGAUGGUGUUUAUUCCAGUUUGCAUUUUUACGGUGAAAUAAAAUCCUUUUCCAAUGAACUGA